AGGCUGUGGGAGUCCCUCGUGGUGCAGAAGGCGUGUGACGCCUAAUGCAAGCGCCGGGAGGAGGAUGCAGCGGGUGGCUGGGCUGCGAAGGAAGCUGCUCUCCCCUCAGGGAAGCCUCUCUCCAGCAGGGCAGUCAUUUGGUGACCAUCUUGCACGUUUUCUUCAUGCUGGCCUUCCAGUACAAGCAGCAAAAGAGCUUCUGGUGAAGCUGAGGAAGAAAACUGGGUACUCAUAUGUGAAUUGUAAGAAAGCCUUGGAGAAAUUUGAUGAUGACCUCAAAGAGGCUGAAAUCUGGCUUCAUGAACAAGCCCAAAAAGAAGGGUGGAGCAAAGCUUCCAAACUACAAGGACGGAAGACAAAGGAAGGGCUGAUAGGGCUGCUGCAGGAGAGAAACUCAGCUGUGAUGGUGGAGGUAAACUGUGAAACUGACUUUGUGGCCCGAAAUGCCAAGUUUCAACAUCUUGUUCAGCAAGCAGCAGUUGGAACAAUGUACCAUCAUCAGGGGACCAGGAACCAGUUAAACACAUAUGCCAAGUUUUUCUUAAAAUCUAAUGAGCUUUCUCAGCUCAGGAUGGGACAAGAUGGAUCCUUGCUUAGUGACCAACUGGCUCUUGCUAUUGGCAAACUGGGUGAGAACAUGGUUAUUAACAGGGCAGUGUGGGUGUCGGUGCCAGAGAACAUCUUCAUCGGCUCCUAUGUGCACGGAGCCCCCCCGGAAGGAAAUCCACUGCUAUCUCACAUGAUGUUUGGCAAAUAUGGUGCCUUGGUGAUCUGCAGUCCCUCUGAGCAAUGCCCAAAAUCAAACUUUGCUGAGCUGGGCCGGAGGCUUGGCCAGCAUGUGGUUGGCAUGGCUCCCCUCUCUGUCGGCUCUCUAGAAGAUGAACCUGGAGGAGAUUCUGAAACCAAGAUGCUUGCCCAGCCCUUCCUCCUGGACCCCACAAUUUCCUUGGGACAGUAUAUUCAGCCCAGGGGUAUAGCUGUGCUGGACUUUGUGCGGUUUGAAUGUGGAGAAGAUACAGAGUUGUCAGAAUCACAAUAGGCAG